CAGUCAAUACACGCCUUCUUCAUUAAUAUUAAUGAGGUGGAGGCAAUUUGGUCGUUAAAUGGCUUGUAUGCAAACAGACCGGACACAAAUAAGCGUCAUGUUAUUGUAAUACUGUGAGUUUAUAGCCCCUUUUUAAUUUUAAAGCUGCGUUGUGUGAAGUGUUGCCGGCUAACUCACCUUAGCUUGCGGAGCUAGCAGCGUUCCGGGUCGGCGUGUGGUCUGGCUCGCCAACCGUCAUCACAACAAACCGAGACAGCCUUUUAAAAUUUAUCACCGAAAAAAGUUGGCACCGAAAUGGCAUCAAUAGCUGCAGCUGCGGCGGCCCAUGAGCCAGGCAUAAACUCGGGCUCCGCGGUGCUGGCUGACGCUUUGGUCCCCGCGAGCAUAUUUGCUCCGGACCGGGGAGGAUGCGGGGAGGACGCCGCGGACGAGUGCUCCGAGGACGGGGACUUGUUCAACGGCGAGCUCGAGGAUCGCGCUAUCGACUUUACAAGCAAGCUGGCACUUGUUAGCCCUAAUGGAGAGCAGUAUGACUCCUUACUCCGGCAGCUACGGGACAGGAUGGAGGAGGGAUGUGGCGAGACCAUCUACGUGGUCGGUAUGGGCUCAGACGGCGGCGACUGGGGUCUCGAUGAGAAAGAUACGGAGGCCUCGGUAGCCACAGUGCGCUCUCUGUGUGAGCAGCUGGACGCCGACCUCAUCCCGCUACGAGAGCGCAGCGAGGCUGCUGGUUUGGUACGUGACUAUCUGAUUCGGAGGCGUGUGGGUGAGCUGGACUUCCUGGAGGUCAGGGUUGCGGUGGUAGGUAACGUGGACGCCGGUAAGAGCACUCUGCUGGGAGUGUUAACGCACGGCGAGCUGGACAACGGCAGAGGAUUCGCUCGCCAGAAGCUUUUCAGGCACAAGCAUGAGAUGGAGAGCGGAAGGACCAGCAGCGUGGGCAAUGACAUCCUGGGUUUUGAUCAGGAAGGGCAGGUGGUCAACAAGCCAGACAGUCAUGGAGGAAGCCUGGACUGGACCAAAAUCUGUGAGAAGUCCUCCAAAGUUAUUACCUUCAUAGACCUGGCCGGCCAUGAGAAGUACCUCAAGACCACUGUGUUUGGGAUGACUGGACACCUUCCCGACUUCUGCAUGCUCAUGGUGGGAAGUAAUGCAGGUAUUGUGGGGAUGACCAAAGAGCACCUGGGCCUGGCUUUAGCUCUGAAUGUUCCUGUGUUUGUAGUGGUAACCAAGAUAGACAUGUGUCCAGCCAACAUCUUGCAAGAGACCCUGAAGCUGCUUCAGAGGCUACUGAAGUCUCCAGGCUGUAGGAAGAUUCCCGUCCUGGUGCAGAACAAGGACGACGUCAUAGUCACGGCGUCAAACUUCAGUUCUGAGAGGAUGUGCCCCAUCUUCCAGAUCUCCAACGUGACUGGAGAGAACAUGGACCUACUCAAGAUGUUUCUCAACCUGCUGUCCUCCAGAACGUCCUACAGGGACGAUCAGCCGGCUGAGUUUCAGAUAGACGAUACUUACUCUGUACCGGGUGUGGGAACGGUUGUAUCGGGAACUACUUUGCGUGGGCUCAUACGUCUGAAUGACACCAUGCUGCUGGGGCCCGAUCCUCUCGGGAGCUUUAUCUCGAUCGCUGUAAAAUCCAUCCACCGCAAGAGGAUGCCCGUGAAGGAAGUCAGAGGCGGCCAGACUGCCUCGUUCGCUCUCAAAAAGAUCAAGCGUUCGUCCAUAAGGAAAGGGAUGGUGAUGGUGUCCCCGCGUUUGAGCCCACAGGCAACUUGGGAGUUUGAGGCGGAGAUCCUGGUCCUGCACCACCCCACCACGAUAUCCCCCAGAUACCAGGCCAUGGUCCACUGCGGAAGCAUAAGGCAGACGGCCACCAUCCUGUCCAUGAACAGGGACUGCUUACGGACCGGGGACAAGGCUUCGGUCCACUUCCGCUUCAUCAAGACCCCUGAGUACCUGCACUGCGACCAGAGGCUGGUGUUCAGGGAGGGCCGCACCAAGGCCGUGGGGACCAUCACUAAGCUGCUGCAGUCCACCAAUAACAUGCCGUCGAACUCCAAACCGCCCCAAAUCAAAAUGCAGUCCACAAAAAAGGCUCCGCUCAGAAAGGAGGACGGGGGCACGGCGGCUGGCGACGACGCAGCGACGAUAGCACAGCCGAUGGGUCCGAGCUCGGCGCAGUCUGGAGAGGCAGACGAUGACCCUCAAAUUAAGGAUGGCAACAAAGAGAACAAGCCGAAGUCGGGAGGUGGAGGGAGGAGAAGAGGCGGCCAGAGGCACAAAGGAAAAAGCCAGAACAGCAGCUCCAACUCGGCAGCGGCGCCCCCUCCUUCGUCGUCCGGGACGGGAACCUGCUGAACCGUCUCCUCUGAAGCCGCCACCACCCCCCCCACCCCUCUCUUAUCACUCCACCAUGUGUCUUCAUUCCACUAAAACACCAAGGAUGCAGAUGUUUGGAGCGGACACUCCUCACUUUUACCACUUCUCGCCUUUUUAAACCAGGUCAUAGUUUGUUUUUAAUUUUUUUUUAAAAGGGAACACGUAGGGUUACGCCUUAACAGAAAUAAGCGUACACCUUUUUAUGCAUUUUAAACGUCAGCUGCCUUUUAAUAUUUCGAACGAUGACGGAAAGCAGCCUCACUCAGGAUGAUUUAUUUAACUAUAAAGAAAGUGAAGGAGAAGGCUAAACCCGAGGCAAAGGGUCCAAUAUGAGCAGCUACCCCCUCUCUCCCCCCCGUGUAUUUGCAACAAUUAACCAUACUGCAUAUGUAAAUUAGCCGUGCUGAUUGGACAGAUUGUACAAAAAAAAAAAUAAAAAUGUAUGCAAAUCACAAAUGAAUGUAGCAGAAGGCACAUAACGUGAUGUAAAAUUCUAGCUAUUAUGGGAAAAUAUAAGCUGUUACGUUUUCUAAUUGUCACUUAUUUAUUUGGCAUACAAGCAGAACAUUUACUCUCGGUGCUCGUAGAUCCAGUAGUCAUGCUUCCAUCGUCAGUCCGGACCUUUAUAUCGGUAGUGUUAGCACAAAUACAGCAUUGUGGUUUUUGCCUCUCGAGCAGCUGCUACUUGUAACUUUCCCAUGGCCUGUUGCUGUUAACAUGUUGUGACAUUUCAAACAAAAGGAAAAACAGAACAAUAAAACAUUUUACGGAA